AUGCCUCAGAUCCAGCUCGUGGCCGACCUGCCCGGCCACUCGGCGGCCGCAUGGUGCGUCGCCUUCAACCCGUCCCGCCCACUCCUCGCAUCGUGUAGCACGGACAAGACUGUGCGUCUGUUUAGCUACACCCUCCCGUCCGACUCGACGUUGUCGGACCCGUUCCCUGCUGCCGACGCUGCGACACCCAAGCUCCAGCUCGUCCAGUCCAUCCCGACAGAGCACAAGCGCACUGUUCGCUCCGUUGCGUGGGCUCCCGGAGGUCGCACCCUCGCCACAGCUUCUUUCGACUCGACCGUUGGCGUUUGGGAGGAAGUGGAAGCGGGCGAGAUGGGCGACGAGGGCGUGAGCGGUGCUGCUGGAGGGGAGAUGGAAUGGGAGUGUGUCACCACGCUCGAGGGACAUGAGAACGAGUGCAAGAGCGUUGGUUUCAGUGCCGACGGUGGCCUGCUGGCGUCGUGCUCGCGCGACAGGUCUGUCUGGGUCUGGGAGGUCCAACCAGAUGCCGACUUUGAGUGCAUCGCCGUCAUGAUGGACCACGGCGCCGACGUCAAGAAUAUCGCAUGGCACCCCAAAGAGGAGAUCCUUGCCUCCGCUUCGUACGACGCGCACAUCAACGUCAUGUUCGACGACCCAGACGGCGACUGGGGUCUCUUCCAGCGUCUCACCCCCACCCUCCCCGCUGCCGACCUGCACAUCCCUCAUUCUUCUGUGGCACUUGUUGCCGCCAUGGGCGACUCUCCCGCUGAAGCGGCCGCGAAUGCCAUCGAUGUCCCUCCCCUCGUCGAGGCCGAGACCGUCUGGUCCCUCGCCUGGUCCCCCUGUGGCCGCUUCCUCGCUUCGGGUGGCGACCGCGGUGGUAUCCGCCUGUGGGUGCGCAUGGGCUCCAACCCAGACUCGGAGCUGCACGAGGUGAUCCACACCAGCGCGCACAGGGGAGCGUGCUAUGCGUUGAGCUGGGGACCCGGUGGCGCCGCGGAUGGCGCCGGCCUUUUGGCAUCCGCUGGUGCCGACGGCCGUGUGAUUGUCUGGCAGGUCAAGGCUCUCACGGGCGACGGAGACGUCCCUGGUGCGACCAUUGAGCCAGUGGCGGCUAUGCGCGACGCUCACGGCGUUGCCGACGUCAACUCUAUUGCUUGGAACGUGAGGGAGGACGGCAAGGGUGCUGGCUUGCUGUCAAGCGCAGGUGACGACGGCAGUGUCAAGGUGUGGAGGGUCGUCAAGGAUUAG